UUGACAUCAAAUAAUUAAGGACACCCCUUCAAGAUUUCCCAGAUCAUACAGCCUAACAAACAUAUCUCUUUUCCUUUGUUUAUUUUUCCCACUUCAAAUUUAUACUAAUUAAUCAGUUCCUGUAUGUAAGGUCAAAACUGAUUAAUUAUUGGUAUUAAUGGAUAAUUUCCAUUCAAUGUUUCCUUUUCAACAAGAUGAUGAUGCUAAUUAUGAUUCCCAUCAACAGCUCCUUUUUCCACAUGAACCAUAUACCAACCCUUCUAAUUUCAUAUACCAACAAGAUCUGGUAACUGAUUUUGCUCCCUUUGAGUUAGGCGACAACAAUCUUACAUUUAACAACAACAACAAUAAUAACAACAACAAUCAGAGAGGCAAUAGGCUAGGGAAAUCAUCCGUCACGUCUACUAGUGAUGACAACAAACAGAAGAAAGUGAUGCAUAGAGAAAUCGAAAGGCAAAGAAGACAAGAAAUGUCUACUCUUUAUGCUUCUCUUCGACAACAACUUCCCCUUGAAAAUAUUAAGGGAAAGCGUUCCACAUCGGAUCACAUACUCGAGGCGGCGAAUUACAUAGAACAGCUUCAGAAGAAUGUUAAGAAUUUGGAAGAAAGGAGGGAAAAGUUAAAGAAGGAGUCAAUUGGUUUAAGCAAUCCCCAAAGUGGAAGCUCCAUAAUUAGCUACUCCUCGCCUGCGAUUGUGAUAGUGAAGGAAUGCUUGGAUGGCAUGGAGAUUUUGGUUAAUUGCGAUCUCAAGAAUGAAGGGUUCCGCCUUUCUAGGGUUCUUCAAGUGUUGCUUCAAGAGGGGCUAAGCAUAGUGAACUGCAGCUGCACCAAAACAAAUACUACAAGUCUACUUCACACUAUAAGAACUGAGGUUUGCACUGAUCAGCCAAGGAUUAUUAAUGUGGACGUAAUCCAACAAAAACUCCAAGAUAUUAUUCAUGCUGAUACAAGCUUCAAGUGACUUUCCAUAGGAUAUUAAUGUUGUGUGACACAGGAAUUAUACAUAAUUCCUCACAACUUCAGGUUUUAUAUAUGCAUCAUCACUGAAAUAUUUCAGUCUUUUAAUUUUUUUUCAGAAUAUCAAAGCUAAUUUUAAUAGAGUGAAAUGGAGAGUGAGGCUUCAUAUAGCCAGUCUCUGAGUAAAGACAUUGUUGUUGUUGUUUUUGUCUGACCUCCGUUUUGUGAAGUCCUCAAGUUCAUUAUAGCUUCUUGCUUUUAGUAUCAGGAACUUGUAAUUCAUCCUGGUGUAUGUAACAUGACUUGAAGACUUUAUUCAGUUAGUUCCAAAGUUUUGUUAA